CCCUCAUUCCUUAUAAGCAGUCGUCUCUGCUCACUCUGGUCGCCGCACAGCCUUCUACCCCGCCACAGUGCAGCUCUCUCUCCUGUCGGCUUUACUUUCUCCCCAACGAGGAUGACAUCCCCGAUUUUGAUGAAGCAGCGAGGCUCUCAUUUAGGCAGGAGGCUUCUGAGGGAGACCCCACAUGAACGAUCCUGCUGGACGAAUAGGUGCCGCGUCUAAGGGGCUUCACAAAAAGAUCUGACAGCUCUAGCAGUCUCAGGAUCAGACCAGAUUCCCCAUCUUCAACGGACAAGUCCAACCUCUUCUAAAGCACAAAGCAUUCUGGAAUUUCUGAACAAAUGUCACAGGUUGAGCAAGAGAUCUCGCUGGUUCAGAGGAAGAUGUCCGACCUCGAGUCAGUGCUCCAGCAGAAAGACAUAGAGCUGAAGGCUUCAGAGACUCAGAGGACAAUUCUGGAACAAGACCUGGCAACUUACAUCACAGAAUGCAGUAGUCUAAAGCGCAGUUUGGAACAGGCACGCAUGGAGGUCUCACAGGAGGACGACAAAGCGCUGCAGCUCCUGCAUGACAUCCGGGAGCAAAGCAACAAACUUCAGGAGAUCAAGGAACAGGAAUAUCACGCUCAGAUCGAGGAGAUGCGAGUCUCCAUCAGACAGCUGGAGGAGGACCUGUCUGCUGCUCGUCGCCGUAGCGACCUGUAUGAGGCUGAACUGAAGGAGUCUCGACAGGCCAAUGAGGAACUGAAGAGGAAGGCUACAGACUAUCAGCACAGGAUGCAGAAGGUUAAAGAUCAAGGCAAAGCAGAAGUUGAGGAGAUGAUUGCCAAACUAGAUAAGGCCAACGUAGAGCAACAAUCAAAAAUCCAGGAGCUUCAAGAGAAGCUCACCAAGGCAUUAAAGGCGAAUUCUGAGGCAACAGACCUUCUUCAAGCAAUGAAAGUGUCCAAAGAGCGCCUGGAGCGGGAUCUGGAGAGGCUACAGAACAAAGAAGACUCCAGCGACAGUCUCCGUCGCAGACUCCGUGAAACUGAGGAUGGAAGGAAGACUCUUGAAAACCAAGUGAAGCGGCUGGAGAUCGUUGAGCGCCGGGAGACUAAACUUAAAGAUGAGCUCCAGAGCAAAGCCCAGCAGAUUCAGCAGAUGUCAGAUAAGAUUCUGGAACUUGAGGAGAAUCUCCGUGAAACCCAGGCCACUGCACAGCGGUUGGAGACUCAUCUGAAACAGAAGGAAAAGCUCUAUGAGGACAAGAUAAAGGUGCUGGAGGCUCAGAUGAAGGCGGACAUGGCAGAUAAGGAGAUGCUAGAGUCCAGUCAGAGCAAAUAUGAGGAGGAGGUGCGGGAGAAGUGCAGCAUCAUCAGUGAACAGAAGGCGACCAUAAAUGCCAUGGACUCAAAGAUGAACAGUCUGGAGCAGAGAAUAGCCGAGCUGUCUGAGGCCAACAAGCUAGCAGCCAACAGCAGCAUCUACACUCAGAAAAACAUGAAAGCCCAGGAGGAGAUGAUCUCAGAGCUCAGGCAGCAGAAGUUCUACCUGGAGUCUCAAGCAGGGAAGCUGGAGGCCCAGAAUGCUAAACUGGAGGAGCAUCUGGAGAAAAUGAGCCAGCAGGAGCAAAGCCAUAAGAGCCGUGUGCUGGAGCUGGAAACUAGGCUCCGUGAGAUUGGGCUGGAGCACGAGGAGCAAAAGCUGGAGAUUAAGCGUCAGGUGACGGAGGUGACCUUGUCUUUGCAAGAACGCGAAUCUCAGAUAAGCAACCUGCAAGCGGCCCGCCACGCCCUGGAGAGUCAGCUCCAGCAUGCCAAGACGGAGCUGGAGGAGACCACAGCGGAAGCAGAGGAGGAGAUCACUGUGCUCAGAGCACACAGAGAUGAGAUACAACGCAAAUAUGACGCCUUGAGAGACAGCUGUGCAGUCAUUACUGACCUGGAGGAGCAGCUAACCACACUGACGCAGGAGAAUGCUGAGCUGAACCGCCAGAACUUCUACUUGUCUAAACAGCUGGAUGAAGCUUCGGAUGAGCGAGAGGAUCGUCUGCAGCUCAGCCAGAACGUGGACCAGCUGCGGCGGGAGGUUGCUGAUCGGGAGAUGCACCUUAACAACCAGAAACAGAACCUCGAGACCCUGAAAACUUCCUGCACAAUGUUGGAGGAGCAAGUUUUGGAGCUGGAGACCAUGAACGACGAGCUGCUGGAGAAAGAGAGGCAGUGGGAAGCCUGGAGAGCCACACUGGAGGAAGAGAAGAGCCAGGCUGAGCGGCGGAACAGGGAGCUCCAGAGGCUCCUGGACACAGAGAAGCAGAACAGGCUGCGUGCGGAUCAGCGCAGCUCUGAGUCUCGCCAGGCUGUGGAGCAGGCGGUCAAAGAGCACAAAGCUGAGAUCUUGGCCUUGCAGCAAGCCCUGAAAGACCAGAAGCUUAAAGCUGAGAGCCUUGCAGACACGUUGACUGAUCUGGAGAAGAAGCACUCAAUGCUGGAGAUGAAUGCCCGCAGUUUGCAACAAAAGCUGGAGAGUGAAAGGGAUGUGAAGCAGAGGCUCCUAGAGGAACAAGAGAAACUGCAGCAGCAGAUGGAUGCCCAAAAAACCCACAUAUUCCGUCUGACCCAGGGGUUGCAGGACGCUCUGGAUCAGACCGACUUACUCAAGACUGAGAGGACCGAUCUGGAAUACCAGCUGGAGAACAUCCAGCUCCACCUGCAGGCUGCUUACUCUCAUGAGAAGGUGAAAAUGGAGGGAACCAUCACCCAGCAGACCAAGCUCAUAGACUUCUUGCAGGCCCAGGCUCAUGGAGGCUCCAAGAAGAAAAAGGGAAUUUUUGGGCGCCGUCGGGAGGACCUGCUGGCUGCAAUGGCUGCCCAGGCCCAAUCCCAGGGUCAGGGACAGAGCCAAGGCCAGGUAUCCCCCGUCCCCCCAAUGCAGCCGGUGCCCCUGCAGUACAGUGACAUGAAGGCAGCUCUGGAUAAAGAGCGCUCUCGUUGUUCCGAACUAGAGGAUGCUCUGCAGAAGAUGAGAGCAGAGCUGCGAUCUCUGAGAGAAGAAGCUCUUCAGUACAAGGAACACGGCAGCGCAGCAAAUCCGGCUGCAGCGCGGCAGCAGAUAAUCAUGUCAGCUAUGGUGAAGUCCCCUGAACACCAGCAGGGCCCCAGUAACCUGGCACCCUCUAACUCUGGACGCAGGAAGGACACGCCAACACCGGAAGAGAGAAGGACUGUCACUUUUGAAAAGUACAGCCGUCGACUGAAGGACAGUCAAAGAGACAGAGAGAGGGAGCGGGAGAGGGUGGUGCACCACAACACCCCUCACCGCUUCACGGUGGGACUCAACAUGAGAGCUGCCAAGUGCACCGUCUGCCUGGAUACGGUUCAUUUUGGGCGUCAAGCAGCUACCUGUCUCGAAUGUCACGCUUUGUGCCACCCAAAAUGUUCCCCCUGCCUUCCAGCCACGUGUGGCAUGUCCAGCGACUGUUCCCUGCACCUCUCCGAGGGCUCGUGCAGAGACAAAGGCAGCUCUCCAGCACAACAGCUCAAAGAGACCGGAGGACACAUGCACCUUGAGGGCUGGAUGAAACAGCCCAGGAAUGGAAAACGAGGCCAGGGCUGGGAGAGAAAGUACAUGGUCUUGGAUGGCACGAAGUUGUCCAUCUUUGAUAUAGAGCCAAGAGAAGACUCGGUGAAGCCUCUGGAAGAGUUUGACCUCUGUCUGUCUGAUGGAGAGGUGCUAGUACACGGAGCAGUCGGAGCAUCUGAACUGCCCAACACCGCUAAAUCAGAUGUCCCCUACGUACUGAAGCUGGAGUCACGCUGUCAUACCCCCUGCUGGCCUGGUCAGUCCAUCUACUUCAUGGCCCCGAGUUUCCCAGACAAACAGCGCUGGGUGGCUGUGAUGGAGUCAGUGGUGGCAGGGGGGCGAGCCUCAAGAGAGAAAGCAGAGGCGGACGCUAAGCUUCUUGGGAACUCUCUGCUGAAACUGGAAGGAGACGACCGAUUGGACAUUAACUGCACCCUUCCUCUCACAGAUCAGAUCGUUCUGGUGGGAUCUGAGGAAGGACUGUACGCACUGAAUGUCAUCAAGAACUCCCUGACUCACAUUCCAGGACUCGGAUCUGUGUUUCAGAUACAAGUCAUCAAAGAACUGGAGAAGCUGCUGAUGAUUGUUGGAGACGAGAGAGCUUUGUGUUUGGUGGAGAUCAAGAGAGUGAAGCAGUCUCUGGCUCAGUCCCACCUCCCCAGCCAGUCUGACUUGGCCCCCUAUAUCUUUGAGACGGUUAAAGGCUGUCAUCUGUUCGCUGCUGGGAGGGUCGACAAUGGGCCCUGUAUAUGUGCGGCCAUGCCGAACAAAAUCACCAUCCUUCGUUACAAUGAAAAUCUCAACAAAUACUGCAUUCGUAAGGAAAUUGAAACUCUUGAGCCCUGCAGCUGCAUACAUUUAACCAGCUACAGCAUCAUCAUCGGCACCAACAAAUUCUACGAGAUUGAAAUGAAGCAGUAUGUGCUGGAGGAGUUCUUAGACAAGAACGAUGUGUCGUUGGCGUCUGCUGUGUUUGCAGCCUCCUCUCACAGUUUCCCCAUCGCCAUCAUGCAGGUGGGCACCAGUAUGCAGAAGGAGGAGUACCUUCUCUGCUUUCACGAGUUUGGUGUGUUUGUGGACUCAUACGGACGAAGAAGCCGCACUGAAGAGAUCAAGUGGAGCCGCCUGCCUCUGUCUUUUGCCUACAGAGAGCCCUACCUGUUUGUCACUUAUUUUAAUUCCCUGGAUGUUGUGGAGGUUCAGGGACAUUCAGCUCUAGGUCCGACAGUGCUAGCCCACUUGGAUAUCCCAAAUCCUCGUUACUUGGGUCCGGCUAUCUCCUCUGGCGCUAUUUACCUCGCGUCCUCCUACCAGAACAAGCUGCGGGUUAUCUGCUGCAAAGGAAGCCUGAUCAGGGAGUCUGGAGAGCUGCAGAGGACCGGCUCCAGCCGCGGAAGUCCCAGCAAGCGAUGCCCCCCCACGUAUACAGAGCACAUCACCAAGCGUCUGACUUCGGGCCCUGGAAGCCACGACGGCCUGCACCGUGAGCCAAGCACCCCUCAUCGCUACCGUGAGGGCCGCACAGAGUUCAGGAGAGACAAGUCCCCCGCCCGACCGCUGGACAGGGAAAAGUCACCCGGCAGGGUGUUGGACAGCCGCAGGGAGAGGUCUCCGGGGAGGUUUGGAGACAGCACCCGACUCCAUGCCGGGUCUGUCAGAACGCAGCUCGCCCCUGUCAACAAGGUGUGGGAUCAGUCCUCAGUGUAAAUCCAGACCGGAGGUUGAAGAGAGUGUGUGUGGGAAAACCAUUUAUUCCCUCCGACUGCAAGCACACAAACGCAUCGCCAAGGCUGACCGUCAGCCCCUUUGCCUGUACAUAGUGCUGCCUGAGUUCUUGUUCAGCAACACCAACCUGCAGCGGGUGACGUCUCCUCAGACAAUCCUCUUCUGUGGCUCGGGCUUUCGUUUUCCCACAAUGGAAUUGGCGGCAGGGAAACCACACCGACCGGCAGGUUCUUUAUAAUAUAAUCAAAGCUGUACAUAUCACAGGGAGUUUUUAUAGAUAAAGGGAAUCUCGGCUGGAAAAGCCACAUCUAUUUUUGUUAUAAAAAAAGAAAAACAUUUCCAGAGGUGUUGCAGGAAGAUUAUUGAUGAAGUUGGUUAAAACUGGGGAAUCAGGUUCUCCUUUAGAUCUGAAUGUCACUUGUUUUUCCUUCUUUAGAGUCAAACUAACUUUUUAACGACUCAACUAAACCAUGAAGAGGUUUGACGGGCAACACUUUGCACAAGAGCUUAAACAGGAGUUUUAAGACAUUAUUCUUGUUACAUACCCACUUCUUUUGAUCAACCAUUUGAUCUUCUUCACUGCAUAGCCUUUAAUAUUAAACUGCCUAUGAUUGCUUUAUAGACCGUCUAGCUAUAACCUGUUAUACAGCAAGUAAGCAUUGUUUUGCUGCAGGUGUUCCUUGUGUCGUUAUUGGCAAACCUAUGACAAAGAAACAUGCAGCUCUGUGCCCGAUGCUGUGCAGUCCAGCAGGCUGAAGCCGCCCGCCUCAGCUUGCUCCUAGUAUGGCGCCGCCGCUGCUACUGCUGCUCGUACAUGUCCUCUUUCUGUGCAGUGAUAUGAACUCUACCCGUCAGGGGGCCGUUUCUUUAUGCUCAGUGAGAUCACCUCCAUCCAACACAUCAAUGGCAUGACUUAACCUAAGGCUUUCUGAUCGAUUCUCUCUUCUUUUAUGUAUUUAUCUGCAUUCAAUAAGUAGGUGUUGGUGUUAGACAGUAACUUAAGACUUUGAGUUUUUAAGAGAUGUAAAUCAGAACAUACAUUAAACAUGAUCAAAGAA